GGGAAUGCAACCUUUACAGCAUAACUGCCAGCCCUCCAGGCCGUUCAAGCAAAGGAAAAGUUUUGCCACCCGAGUGGAAGAAGUGGCAGGCAUUCGUGGGAAGUUCCCGACAAAAGUGCCCGUAAUUGUCGAGAGGUAUCAGAAAGAAAAAUACCUCCCCCUGUUGGACAAAACAAAGUUUCUUGUGCCACAAGAGUUAACUAUGACACAGUUUAUAACCAUCAUUAGAAGCAGAAUGGCAUUGAGUGCUACUCAAGCUUUCUACCUACUGAUAAACAACAAGAGUUUAGCCAGUAUGUCUUUAACUCUGGCCGAAGUAUACCGAGAUUACAAAGAUGAAGAUGGAUUUGUAUACAUGACAUAUGCUUCCCAGGAGAUGUUUGGAGAUCUCGUAGCUACUUCCAAAGUAAAAUGUAAGGAAUAUCUCCUAAAAAGAUAAGUCUUCUCUUGGUGACAGCAUGGCUGAACAGUGAACUGUGCAUCAUUCAAAUUACUUGAAGAUGAAAGGUGCUCUGUCUAAUGUGGGCUCUUCUGCAAAAUUAAUGGCCCAGGAGUUGGCAAGACCCAACUAAAGAACUGAGGAGUGGGAUAAACCAUCCCAAACAAAUGACAUGGACACAUAGUUACAUAAUUUGGUUCCUUGCCAGCCAAAGAAGUUAGUAGUGAUAUGCUUCAGUGUUAUCCUGAAAUCAUGUAUCUGCUUUCAAAACUGUUGCGGUAAUUGGAGAUGAAUGAAAAUAAUGAAAUUUUAUAACCAAAUUAAAUGACCUGGAUAGGAAUUGUCUGCUUAAUAGAGAAUAACAUGUGCACUAGAGAGUAGCAUGCUGUCAUAGUUAGCUGAACAUUGCAAGGCAGAGCCAACUCUGGCUUUUAUAUUAUCUGCUUUUAUCAAAGUCAUUUGCUUUCUUCCUCCAAGAGGAAUAUUGCUGAUGAGUAUGAUGGCACUGUAAACUUUACAGGACAAUGUCUUUUCACAGACUAGAAGUUGCUCCCUUUACUGAAUAGUGACAACUACAAAGAAGCAGCUUGUAGGAUUGAGACUAAUAGGGUGGAAUAUAAUGGACUCUAAUGCUGGGAAAGGUGGAAGGAAAGAGAAAAGGACAACCAGCAGCAAGGUGGAUAGACUCAGUCACCGUAACAAUGAAUGCAUCAUCGGUGUUGCUGAGAGACCAGGUUAGGAACUGAAUAUCAUAAAGAAAAUCUAUAUGGUCAUCAAGAGUUGACCACAACUUGAGGGCAUGUAAUCAUCAGUCCUUCAGAGAACAUUAUUGCACACGCACAUACAUUCCUCAGAUAUCAAUUGCUAAAAAUUAGUAAGUGAGUUAUGUUGGGGGAAGGGGUGGCAGUAAUGCAAGAACACAGCUGCUUAAACAGGAAUGCAAAUUCCUAUAUGGCAUCUUGCAGUUGUUUAACUUGUAUGUGACUAACCCAGCUUUGGUGCUGAGGCAGCAACUCCAGAAGCUAGAACAGUAGCUUUAUCACAAGACUGUGUUCUUGCCUUUUGAACUCUGUUCUGAGCUUUAACUUUGAUUGAAGAUAAGAUUAUAGUAUGAAGAUGAGCCGUGUGUGUGAAUAUGCAUGUGUACGUAUGGGUGUGCUAUAUAAUCAUAUGUUGUAGCUCAUAAAGUGCUCCAGUAUUACAAGCUACUUAGUCUAAAGCCAGCUAAUAAAAUCACCUCUUUGAGAUCUUCUAUCAAUGUCAUACUUAAGAUAAUUCUAUCUCAAUAAAACUCUGCUGACUUAAGGUUGCUCCCAAUUUACAAACCCACUGGUAGCCUCUUAUUGUCCAAAUAACUUGGAAAUCUGUUUUAGAAAGGACAGACUGCAGAGUUGCUGGUAUUCAAACCAGAGAAUACUGUGAGUUUUAACUCUAACAUAGACAGGAAGACUGAGCUAUAUUUCAUGUCCAAAAUAGUGAUUUUUGAGGAGUCAUUUGUGGUGAUGUGAAGAGAAAUGUUGAUCCGGUAAGAUACAAAGCUUUAUUUGAUAGACAAGUCCCAGCUCACAUGUAAAGACCCUAACCUAAUAUAAGAAUAUUUUAUCCAGUUAUAUUUGAUGCAUUUUUGUGAAGUAAAAAUGCGUCUAUAUCUGUUGAAAAAAAUUAGAAUGACAACUCACAUAAUCAGGUUUUUAAAAACUAUCCUUUAAAAUCUUUUUUUCUGGAUAUCCUUUAUAUAUGAGUAGUCCGACAACUUCUUGUGCAUUUCUAAAAAUGACAUGCAUUUCUGCUUUAACAAGAUGACAACAGCUUCAUUAAAGUAAAAAAAAAUCCUAGUCCAUAUUUAUGGUUGUGCCUGCAGGAGCGGUGCACAUUUAUCAUGUGUAUUUUGUUAAAUGCCUUUUUGUUAUUUUGUGAAACAAACUGCUUUCUGUUCAACUAAGAAUUUUUAGCCGUUAUGGAUAUCUGUUUGGCAAGACCGACAUUUGAUAUCAUUAUAAUUGCUGCAAGAAUGUAUGUAAAAUACAAUGCCUCAGAGAAGCUAAAACAUAAUUGCCCCUGAAGGGAUUUCUCACUUGCAACAGAGUGCAGUAUGUUUUUCUUUCUUCUUUUUCUCUAAGAGAGUAAAAUAGUAGGUUCAAGCUUUUAACUGUGCUAUUUUUGGAUUGCUCUUGAAUUGCUCUUCUUUCUUGAGAGUAAAAGACUGAAAUGUUGUUGUUUCAUUAUGAAAAGAAUGAACUGAA